CGAGGCUUUUUAAAUCUCAUAGGUGAUACCACGGUUUAAGAUGGACGAAAGAAAAAAGAACUUAUAUCAAGGCCUGCUCACAGUUUUGGGAAGUUUUUUGCUUCAUUUAAGUUUAGGUCACUUUUAUACUGUGUCAAACAUGGCUCCUUAUAUAUUAUCGUACAUAGCCGCAAAAGUGGACAAAACUAUUACUGUGGAGAAAGCUGUCUGGUUAUCAGCACUGGGUCUUGGAUUUCAAGGUAUAGCCAUGCCGCUUGGAGGAGUGCUGAGCAAGAAGUUUGGACCUCGGGCAGCCAUGAUGGCCACAGUAUUAUUUGCUGGCGGAAGUGUUCUGCUUACAUAUUUCUCUGUGAAGAAAACGUUUAUUGGCGUAGUUAUUACGAUUGGGACAAUAUUUGGGUUUGGAAUGGGGAUUGGUUAUUCGGUUGCGAUAGCCUGCGCCGCCUCAUGGUUUCCAGAAAGAAGAGGACUAGUUGUUGGAUUGAUUGUUGGGGGGUUUGGUUUAGGGUCUCUAGUAUUUACGCCUAUCCAAACCAAAUUUAUCAACCCAUCAAACAAAAAGGUUGAUGAAGAAUCAAGAUACUUCACUGAUGAUGAGCUCCUUGAAAGGGUCCCAACGGCUUUCCUCUUGAUGGGUUCAAUAUUAGCAGCACUGGAAUUAAUAGCAUUUGCAUUGGUUCGUAUGAAACCGGCCCCAGCAGCGAAUCAACCCUCAGAAUCACAAGCUAGAAGUCAGGAAACUAGUACUGCUCAGUCCACCGAGAAUAAACCAAAGGAAUUUAAUGUUGAACCUAGGAAGUUGUUACGUCAUGUUGAUUACUACCUCCUAUUCACAAUGAUGAUCCUCAAUAUUUUGCCAACAUCUAUACUAACGAGUUCCUUGAAGAUUUUCGGUCAAAAGUACAUCAAUGAUGAUAAAUUUUUAUCAAAUAUAAUGGCCUGCACUGCAAUUUUCAACUGUGCAGGUCGUGUUAUCUGGGGAGCGAUAGUAGAUCGUUUUUCAUUUAAAAUCCCUAUCUGUUUCCAACAGGCUAUGUGGAGUACAUUCUUUUUCACUCUACCACUUAUUUCAAAUACAAAGGGAAAUGUGCUGAAAACUUUAUAUGCAAUAUGGGCGUUUGGCUUGUUUUUCUUCCUAUCUGGUGUGUUUUCCAUGAUGCCUGCGGCAACAGGAGCUAUACUGGGUCCAGCUAAUUUAGCUGUCAACUACGGAAUGGUUUACCUCGGUUUUGCAUUUGGAUCACUAAUCUCUUUAGCUAUAACAUAUCAGUGGCGCCCUUCGCCUACACAGAAUUUCCUACUGUCAGGAACUACUUGUUUGAUUACGCUUUCUCUCGCUCUGUGGCUAGAAGACAGAAAGUUACCCAAACGCUUCUCAUUCAUGAAGUGGUUUUCCAGCCAUUGUGCAGCAUACAGAGUUGCAGCGGCAGAUGCCUAAAAUUUGUGAAGAAAUAAGACUUGCACAAUAUGCCAUCCUUCAGAGAAAAAGAAAAUAUAUAUCUAGUGGGAUAUUUUUCUCAGAUUAAUCUGAUGUACAUGAAUUAAUUUCACUCUCAUCUGCUGUUCAUUGCAAUAAGCAAAAAUGAUAUACUAUAGAAGUAUAGUAAUAAGCAGUACAUACUGUAGUUUUCGUUUACGG